UCGAAACCAUCCUAAUUCUGAGACGUCUGGGUUAGGUAGCUGAAAGGCUGGGUUAGCGAUGUCAUUUGAGCGCCUGUGUUGAUCGGAAAAUGCUGUAACUUCAUCCAUCUCGUAUCAGAGGCCUCCAGAAUAGGCUCACUAAGCUAAGGAUUCUUGAAAGUGUGUCAUAACCGGAGCGGCGUCCAAGUUCGAGAUGACCACUGCUUGCGCCAGCUCCUCAGAAGGGGCCCCAUCAGUUGAAGAUGAGGAAAAUGUUCCGAAGGAUGAAUUUAUCCCAAGAGAGUACCAGGUCGAACUCUUUGAAGCCGCCGUGAAGGAGAACACCAUAGUCUGCCUGGGAACUGGGACUGGCAAAACAUUCAUAGCUGUUAUGCUUAUCAAGGAAUACGAGGCAGCCAUUCGGAUCCCGUUUGAAGAAGGAGGGAAGCGCACUUUCUUUCUGGUGCCAACGGUACCUCUUGUCGUGCAGCAGCAGAAGGCCAUCAAGUGUCAGACAGACCUGCGUGUUGGCGGUUAUGUUGGUGACAUGAAUGUUGACAACUGGAACAAGCAGCGCUGGGAAAAGGAGUUCAUCGAGUCUCAGGUGCUGGUGAUGACCCCCGACGUGUUCAAGGUGAUCAUCCACCACGGCUUUCUGAAGAUGUCGCGGGUGAACCUGCUGAUCCUGGACGAGUGCCACCGUGCGGUGAAGCAGCACACGUAUCGGGAGGUGAUGCGAUGCAUGGACGUGCUCAAGCCCGAGGAAAAGCCGCGCGUGCUGGGCCUCACCGCCUCGGUCAUCAACAGCAAGGCCACUGAGCGGCAGGUGGAGCGCAAGGUGCAUGACCUCGAGAUGGCCCUGCACUCUCGCGUCCUCACCGUCUCCAACCAGCAGAGCAUGGCCCGGUACGGGACCAAACCGAUUGAAGUGCUAGUUGAGCAUCACAUGACGGGCAGCCCGUCAAUCUGUGGCAUUCAAGUUCCGGCAUUGCCCAACUUUCGGCCGACGACUUCACAGGGCCAAGAGUUGGACCGCCGGCUUCGUAGCCUGAUCAAGGUGCUGCAUGACAUGGGGGUCUGGUGUGGACACCUGGCCAUUGAGGUCAUUAUGGAGGAGGCCCGUCGCAUGCUGGAUGGUCUCGACGAUGAUUGCGUUCUCCGCGAGAUAGAGGUGUGCCUGGAGUGGCUGGACGAGGUUCGGAAGAGGUGCAGGCAUCACAUCGUGGAGUCGAACGCUGCUGCUCAAAGCGUCGCCGAGAACCCCCUUCUGGCACUGGCCACGCCCAAGUUGAAGCGUCUCCUGGAGAUCCUGUGGGCCUCCCGCCCGCGGGAACCGCAGCAUGCCGGCAGCGGUGAUGCCGCAGAGCCAAUGUCGCUGUGUGGCAUCAUCUUCGUCAAGGAGCGCAUCGUGGCACGCAUCCUCCGCGACUGGCUGCGCGAGCUGGCGAACAAGGUUCCCAGGUAUUCCUACAUUGUUCCCGAAUUCAUCGUGGGUCAUGGGGCCAACCUCCAGCUUGGUUCCAAGGAAGCGGGGAUGUCUUUUAAGAAGCAGUGCAAGGUGCUGGAGCAGUUUCGCCGUCAGGAGUGCAACCUGCUGGUGGCCACCUCGGUGGUGGAGGAAGGCAUGGACGUUCCAAAGUGCAGCCUGGUGGUGCGCUUCGACUUCCCCGACGACUUCCGGUCCUACGUGCAGUCCAAGGGACGUGCCCGCGCCCAGCGCUCCCUCUACAUCAUGAUGACUGCACGCGACGAGUACAGCAAAGCCUGCAUGAAUCUGCGCAACUACCUCUCCAUCGAGGCGAUAUUGAUGAACAAGUGCCACGAGAGGAAAGCACCGCACAGCUCUGAGGUCGUUCUGAGCUUUGCCGUUGAUGAGCUGCUGCCGCCAUACAUGCCCGUGCGUGAGGAUGGUGCACCCCGCAUCACGCUCACCUCUGCCAUUGGCCUUGUCAACAGAUACUGCAUGGUCCUUCCAUCGGACAUGUUCACGCACCUGAAGCCCACCUAUCAGUUGAGCACCAUAGCAGUGGACGGCAAGGAGCUGUACGUCUGUACCGUCUACCUGCCCAUGACCAGUCCUCUCAAAGAGGCCAUCCAGGGUCGGCCAAUGGAAACAAAGAAGUAUGCGAAGAUGGCCGCUGCCCUCGAGACAUGCAAGCGUCUGCACCAAAUGAAUGAAUUCGACAGCUGCUUGCUGCCUGUGAAGCGUGUGCUCCAGCUUAUGGACGACUCGGACAAUGAAGAAGCGGAUGACGCUGCUCCAGGUGCACCGAAGCCAGGCACAAAGAAGUGCAGAAGAGUGUAUCAGAAGCGGGUGUGUAAGCUGUUUGCCGAGGCGCGAGUCUUGGAAACUGGCCAUUACCGCUUGCACAUCCUGACGACCCAGCUGGUACGUCUGGCGUCCGAUCUCCAGAACUGGCGGAAGGAGAAGCUCGUCGACCCCGAGGAUUGCCCACUGUGGUUCGCCUUGCUUCUCCGUGAGGACAUGCCUUGCCUGCCAUCGUUUCCCAUCUUUACGCGGUCCGGCGACGAGCUGGUGUCGGUUGUGCGGGCAGGCCCGGUGCACCUCUCCUCUGCACAGUGCCUCCAGCUGCAGCUCUUCCACCACGCAAUCUGGCACGACGUACUCCGAAUGAAGGAGAGACCCCUGCUUCAGUUCGACAUGAACACUGCUCCCAACUGUCCGGUCUUAGUGCCGGUGAUAAAAGAUGGCGACAUGUCUAUGAUAGACUGGUCCUUUGUUGACAUGGUCGCCAAUUGGAAUGAAGCGGAGCCUGCAAGCAGGACUGAGUUCCAGUUCCAGCCCAGCCUGUAUGAAGAUGCUGUGGUUGUGCCCCGCUAUGCACCCCUUCAUUACCACCACAGUACAUUCUACGUGAAGAAGAUCCGCACCGACCUCACAGUGGAUAGCAUCGAUGGAAAGGGCAGCUUCCGUGACUAUCUAUCCCUGAUUCACCACCUGGACGUCACCGACUCAACGCAGCCGAUCCUGGAGGUGGUGUUCACUGAAGUCCGACUCAACCUACUGACGCCACGCUACCGGAACCGCAAGGGCGAUGUGUUCAUAAAGAAGACUGCCACGAACCGCCGCGCAGAGCUGCGUGUCCCGGAAUUUUGCGACGUCCACCCCGUCCCGGCUAGUGUCUGGCGCAAGGCGGUGUGCCUUCCCAGCAUUUUGUACCGGUUGAACCAGCUUCUCAUCAUGGAAGAACUGCGCGCAUCAGUCGCCAUAGAGACGGGCGUUGGCCUCGGGACAUAUCAAGGCCCUUGGCCAGACCUGGACUUCCAGAGCGCUGUAUCGGAAAGUGCUUCGAUCAGCUUUUUGCCUCGUCCCGACGGUGGUGAGGUGGAGUUUGGCAAUCUGCUUCGAGGCCACGGUGAAGCGGAGGAGAUACGAAUGCCCCGCCUGUCGCGGUCAUUUGAGUACCAGCCAGAGUUGCGGGGGAACCCGGGCCCGAGCCCUGGCCUCCUUCUGGAAGCAGUGACAUCGGCAAAGGCAGCUGAUGGCUUUGAUCUCGAACGCCUCGAGGUGCUUGGGGACUCAUUCCUCAAGUUUGCGGUGACCAUUGACCUGUUCUGCGGCUCCACGUCAGCGCAGGAGGGGUUGCUGACACAGACGCGUUCCCGCAUCAUUUGCAACCGGAACCUGCACCAGCUUGGCUCCAAGAUACAUGUGGGUUCAAUGGUGGCACAGGAGCAAUUUGAGCCGCACCGAAACUGGUUGCCACCAGGCUACCGUGUCCCUGAAGGUGCCGAGGACAUACUGAUGGACGUCAACUUUGUCUUCUGGGCCAUCCAAGUAGACACAAAGAUUCUGGAGAAGCUGACGUGGGACGAGCUCUACAGCCGCUAUAAGCAAUACAGAACUGAAAAAGAGCAGCCGGGGUAUGUUCCCCCACCCCGCAACACAUCUGGGCCUGUUCCGAUCCGUCAGUCUUCACAACUGUCCGACAAGAGCGUUGCCGAUUCGGUGGAGGCUAUCAUUGGUGCCUACCUUCUCGUUACCGGGCCCAUCGGUGCCCUCAGGGUGAUGAAGUGGAUGGGCCUAAAGCUAAAGCAGUGCAAUCUGGAUGCGCAAGGCGCCAAGGACGAAGGCACAGCGGUGCCAUUCAUGGGAUUCCCAGCACCACGGACGUCAUUGCUGCGCUACACGGACGACCCCGAGGGUCGCCUGGCAAGUCAGAGCAGUCCGUGGCACGGACGUCUCUGCCUUGUGGAACAGACGCUGGGCUACACCUUCCGCGACCGGUCCUACCUGCUGCAAGCCUGCACGCACGCCUCCUUCUACCAAAACCGGCUGACAGACUGCUACCAGCGGCUGGAGUUUCUGGGUGACGCGGUGAUCGACUACCUGGUGACCCGGUACCUGUACGAAGGCCCGCACAAGUUCAACCCGGGCCAGCUCACCGACCUGCGCUCUUCGCUGGUCAACAACACCUUCUUCGCGGCCCUCGUCGUGCGUCAUGGCCUCCAUCGGUGCCUCCUCCACUGCAACCCGGGUCUGUUCAACGCUGUGGCCCGCUUUGUGCAGCACCAAGAACGCUCCAGCGAGGACGAGUUGGGCACCUCGUCUGAGGAUGAGGACGCCAUGGCUGAGAUCCUGGAUCUGAACGCCCAAAGGGACAAGGUCUCGGACAACCCCACUUACUGGAAGGUGCUCCAGCGCUUCUACUACCAUGAGGAGGAGUGCCUGGAGCCCGAAGAGGUCGAGGUGCCCAAGGCCCUGGGCGACCUGUUUGAGAGCCUAAUGGGGGCCGUGUUCCUAGACUGUGGCAUGUCGCUGGACACGGUGUGGCGCAUCCUGUACCGGCUCUUCGGUCGAGAGAUCGAGUCCUUCAGUGAGCGGGUGCCCCUGCCCCCAAUACGCACGCUGCUCGAGAAAUUUCCGGACGCCCGCUUCAGCCCGGCCGAGGUGCUGAAGAACGAAAAGGUCAAGGUGGAGCUAAUCCUGAAGGACAGGACCUUCACGUGCGUCGCCAAGAGCAAGAAGCUUGCCAAGACAGCGCUUGCCAAGAAAUGCCUGCGAAUGAUGAAGACCUGUGGAUCUGGCUAGGGGGCAGCACUUGUCAACAAUUUGCAACUGUAGCAAGCACGCUGGGCCACACGUGGGCCACAGCGCGCUUGGCUGGAGGUUUUGCUUGGCCACAUGUCGAACACCCAGUGGCUCUCACUAAUGGUCAAGAGUUAAAAGUGAAGAGAAGAAUUGCAUUCAUUAUACAGAGUUCUUAUUGCAGAACAUUCAAGCAGGAAGGAGCACGACUACGCGCCCUUGAGUUCAACUCUGACCACCAACAGCAUAGUCUGUAAGCUUUCGCGAAAAAGCUUACAAUUUCUUUAAACAUGAGCUGUGAUCUCUCAUUGAAAAACCAUGCUCAUUAUGAGCCACUUCACAUUGUGCAGCUCCUCUAUAUAGUCCUGAUUUUAGUAUUGUAACGAGAUACGUCGGUGGUAAGGGGCACACAGUGACUGUAUUUCUCCAUUUGUGCGACAGGUUGCGCAGUGAUAUUGGAUUUAUUGCUACACCCUGCAUACAGGGAUUACUGCAUAAGGUUCCUAUGGUAGAAACUGUCAGCAACCAAGCCUACUGUUAACUUCUACAUUGUGUGCGCCUGCGUUAAUCAAUUACACUUUUUUUUAUCAUGUCUUGUGGCUCUUCUCUAGUAGGCGUAUACUAGUACCUUGCAGUAAAUACUAUUUGGAGGAAAAUUUGCUGCCGUCGUCCACACAAGUUUCCCCGAGGGCACCGUGACACCCUGCAAAUGCUGUGAUUUGGAUGGUUCAGCCUGUCUUGGAUUGUGGCUUGGUCUAAUACAUGGGCAUUUGGCUCUGGAGAUGAAGUUUUUCCAAAACUAUGUCUUUAUAAAAUGUCUUAGUCCACCCGCAAUACUCGCGCUUAUUACUGCGAGCAAAUGAAGAAAACAAACAAAUGGCUGAUACCAGCGCUUAUUGACUCCAGAUUUUCCUGUUUCCUCCUUCAAAUUUAGCAGCCCACUGGUCGUACCGUUCACAUUUUAUAUAACUACAUUGUAUCAUAAGCACUUAUGCUUUAAUAAAAUAUUCUUAUAUGUAUAUAUAACAGUGAUUGAACAAGGGAUGUCAGAGCCAAUUUUUCGACAAGGGGGCUUGUCUUCAUCAACAAGUACCCUUGUCAGAACGUUGGCUUCGGAGACAUCGUUUGUUCAUUCAUUGUUCAUUUUAUUAAUUUAUUGAUACUGUCAGUCCUAUGUUAGGCUAUUACAGGCAAUUUCUUCACUCACUGUUAAUAACUUAAGUCUCUUUCUUCCCAUGUACCUCUGUUUUGUUUGAAAUUCCUGUAACAUCUUGCAACUUCUUGUAAUAACAAAGUCAUUUGUUCUUUAUAAGCUUAUGUUCUUUGCCCACUGAUUUUGGCAGGAAAUAUUUUAGACUGACUUCAUUAUAUUCAAUAAAUCGUUAUACAGUCAAACCCGGAUAUAACGAAUUAUUGUGUGUAACGAACAGUUGUAAAAUCUUUGAAAAUUUCUGUAUAAAAUUUUAACGUUAUAUAUCGACUUAUCAAUGUAUCAAACUAUUUUGCGAUUCCCUUCGAGUUCGAUAUAUCCAGCUUUGACUUCAUAUUUGUUAUGGCAAGUUUCAGCUGUGGUGACAUAACAAAAAUAGUCUUACAAGCAGUUCUAGUACUAAUUAAACUCAGUGGCCGUGGCGCUGCUGAGCACGUGGGUUCAAUACCCGGCCAUGGUGGCUGCAUUCUGAUGGGGAUGGAAUGCAAGAUGCUCGUGUACAUAGAUUUAGGUGCAAGAACCCCGGGUGAUCAGAUUCAAUUUGGAGCCCCCUUCACUAUGGUGUCCCUCACAACCCGAUGUGCCAUUUUGGCUAGCUUAAACUCCCAAAUUUAGUUUUUAUCUAAGCUGUGACAGGCGGAAGGUCGGCUGCCAAAAGCACCUUUGGGGUGUCGUAGCACCCCAGCAAAGCAGUGUCAUUUUCCCCGAAAGAUAAUUGUAAGAAACUCUACAGUGGAAUGGUGUUUUGGAUAUGUUCUGCCAUAUUGUCAAAUUCACCAUCUUGUCACCUCUGAUUGAUUCGAAAUGUCAGCACGGCGGUAGAUGACAGUUUCCAAAUUAUAGGAUCUGUCGCAGCUUACAGAUCGUGCAUUUGAAAGCCGACGGCCAUUGGGCCUCAUAGCGACCCAAAUGGAGCUGCGGUCAAGUAUAGUAAACUAAACUUGUUUGCCAGAUAGCAAAUGAAAAUAGAUGAUAUUAUGAUCGUGGAAGUCAAGAAUCUGCUUUCAGUGACUGACAUGACUAAAUAAAGCCAGUUGGGGCUCAUUGGCCAAAUGCGGUCAUGAAAGCCAGGCAGCUGUAUCAUUGCCAGUUUGUAGCAGCAUGUUAAUUCGUGUGGAGGCACGGAACGAAGAACAUUUAAGGCUAAUUUUUUUUAAACUUCCCCGAAUGCUGCAGGCAUCUCGGAACCCAUUACAUGCUCUUAUUAGUGCCAAAAAAAAAAAAAAAUAAGGGCUCUACCAUUCACAACAAUUGCUAUGGCAACCAGACAAGUCACCAGAAGUUGCUAUUUUGCACCACCAGAUGUCACCUUGCAUGCUCUUUCCCUUUUCCACAGCUUUCUUGUGGCAUUAGAGCCGGAUCUCCACACAAGGGCCAAAUCAUUGUUUUCGUCUGCAGGUCUUUCACCACAUGACCCUGCGUUUCUGGUUUUAUGAGGGCCACGUGGACUAGAAAUGCCAACUGCCUUUCUUCUUUAGCGGUGAACCAUGGGGUUUUUAAGAGAUUGAAGGCCCUCAGUCUGGCAACAUUCUUUUUUUCCCCCCCGUUUUACAGCUAAGAUAUAUAUUUUUAUUGAGCAAUACUGUAAGCCUUCACAGGCUCGUACAAGUCAUAUGGCUCGGACCCUGGGAUUUCUUUUUCUUCGCCGACAGAAAACUAUUCCAUGAAUUGAAGCGAAUGGCAACGCAAUGACAACGCAAACAGCAACAUGUAUUGCUCAAUUGUUCAAGGCUAUGUCACGUUGAUCUAUUGGAUCAGGUGACGGCACAGCCUUGUUGGCCAACCAUUUUCACAGCGUGGAUUGGAGCCCUUUUAUUUAUUUAUUUUAUUGUAUUUUUCUAGCAUUUCAGCAGCCGGAUGAUUGGCUCAAAGCAACUGCACAAAGUUUUUAUAUUUUUUUUUCGGUUCAUCAAUUCCACAUGCUUUCAGAUUGGUGUCACUCGGUGGAUGCGUUGAGAGUACUAAGCCAUCAUUUCGCUCAGUCUGCUGUUAUUGGCCCAUCAUGUGGAUGCCAAUUGCAUUCACACGACACAGUACCUUCGAAUCACAUGACCGAUCUGCCUGAAUUCUGUCGCGUGGGUCCAGCAUACCCAAACUUCAUGUGACACCAGUCUUAGUGUCUUUAUCUCUCUUCUUCGUGUAACAUUGUGCAGCCAUCCAGAUGAACUAGUGCCAAUGAGGGCGCGUACACAUUGCGAAGCUCACACUAGGCAGGCUUAGGCAAAGAGCCACUCUUUGCAAUAUGGGUCUGCAACAGGUUUGAAAUAUUGUUAACAUAAGGCGUUCAUUAUAAUUUCUCCAGUGCCCUUGUGAUACCGAUGUCUUGUUGCUAUAGUUGCAGAAAACUCAAGAAAAGCAGUACCAUUUAUCUAUGCUUCCAAUAAAUUUUAGAGUGGCAGCUUACUGGUUAUAAGCUUUCUUUGAAGUCUACAACCACCAAUUAAUCAUUUUUAUUAAGAAAUAGUGUUUGUUAUGGCAUGUUACUCUUGCCAUUGAUGCUGUCUGAAAGCAUGCGCUCUGAACACUGAUGUUCACAGAACUAUUAGUUUGUUGUUUUUUUUUCCUACUAUAACCAAGAGACAGGGUGUGUCAGCAUAUCUUUGCUGGUUGGUAUAAUUAUUCCAUAUUGCACGGAUGUCUGGGCUUUUAUUUAUAUGUUUGUGUGAUUUCUCAUGUCUGUCGAGAUUAUUUAUUUUGCAGUAGUGUUUUGUUGAGUAUUGUUUAUUUUUGUGCAAACACAGAAUGGUAUGUUGAACCCCUCCCCCCCCUCCCCCUGGUCAGGAGCUUGCCCGUUAACAAGUUUCCUUCACCACAACCUGCUUGGGACGGUCUGGCUCCAAAAGUUAAAACUCUUGGAGUAACGUUUAUUUUCAGUUAAGGAGCGCUAAGCAAUUUCAAUAGCCCUAGGGAUGGAAAAAUAUAGAACUCUACAAUGUGUACCUCAUGUGCACAUUAUGGUGUAAUGACAAAGCCAUGUGCCCUUGAAAUGGAAUAUCAACGUAAUAGCAAACAUGCAGGGAGGGGGCUUUCCUUUCUCACUGGUCUAGCCAGUCGGUACACUUUGAGAAAAUCAACACCCCGAGGUGAUUGUUCCCUGAGCAACCGCAAAAAGAACUUAAGAUGUGUUAGUCUAUAACGCUAACCUGUAUGACCCACAAGCCCCUUUGGUAACUUGUGUAUACUAAUGCACUGGUGUGCAUCUGAGCAGAUUCAAGUUCAUUUGAACUUGCUUGUAGAUACUUUGCUAGGGUAUGCUCACGGUAUUUUUAAUUGUGAUCCCAAAAUGCUCUAGAAGAGAAAAAAAAAAAAUCAAUUAUUGGUGCUUGAAUGUUCAAAAGUUGCACUCUUAACCAAGUCCUGUACUUAGGGUCCCUCAUAGCCGACAGUGCAUAUUUCUGGCAUUAAAUUUCCAGUGGUUCAAACUCGCAGCGCUUAAUUACAAAUUUGCAAACAUUGUGGUUAUGCUCACGGCCUGUGUUUUGAAGAAGUUGAGUUUUUUGGUGUGUAACUCCUGGUUGCAAUCCAAACAAUGUUUUCUUGGAGCUACUGUAUACUUGUUAAAACAUGCCACGUAGAUGUGAAAUAACAAUAGAUUUAGAGGAGCUAUGGCUAACAGGCAUAGCAGAUCGACGCAACGGCCACUAACAUUACCAUUAUUUACAAAUGGCAAUAUGGUGGCAUUAAUCAUCAUUAUGAUAUGUUCAUUAUGGUCCAUCGGUUUUGUUUUAAAGAUAAGUACAAGAGAUGAAGAGUGCUGGUGUGUUGCAGUUGCACACCUAGAUAUGAAAUACUUGUGCAAUAAAUAAGGAACUGUCGCAAUUGAAAAGUGCUGUUACUGUGUUUACGUCUUGUUAGACCUUUGUGGCUUCCAAUGUUCACUAUGUCGUCCAUUUCUUGUACAGAGCUGAGAUGAAGCAAUAUUUUGUACUGCCUCUGUGCCUAUAAAUUAUAUCUUUGA